AUGGCGCUCUCCCUCCUCCGACAGGGUCCCCGCUGGCUGAGUGCAGACAGGGCUUUGCUGCUGCUACUGGUCGCUCUGCUGAACUUAUCCAAACCGGCGAGCGCUCGCACUCUGGAAGAAGCUUAUUUGCAGUGGGAGAGCCUCAGCGACAGCACCUGGUUCGACAUUUCAAAAAACAACGUCGGCGGAAGCAUCCCAUUGCGCCUGUGCCAGCGAACCAACCUCACACAUCUAUGUCUUUUGUCGGGACCUAUUCCCUGGGAGUUGGGCAACUUGGUGGACAAAGUAGGAACCCUGUGGUUGGACCACAAUGAAUUGUCGGGCGGGAUUCCCCCCCAAUUGGGCAACCUUGUUAGGCUUACUUCGCUGAACCUUGCCCAGAACAUUCUUUCAGGCUCCAUUCCGCCCACACUUGGCAAACUCUCCCAUUUGCAAAAGCUCGACCUAAGCGGCAACAGCCUUGACACACUCAUCCCCUCGGAGCUGGGUAACUUGGUCUCCCUGUGGACUCUUGAUCUGUCGAAGAACAAACUCUCAGGCCCCAUCCCCCCCUCACUGGGCCGGCUGACCAACCUGACCUCUCUCGAUCUCUCCAACAACAGUCUGUCUGGCACCAUCCCCCCGGAGCUUGGCCAAUUAUCCCAGUUGACUAAGCUUGAUCUCUCCAACAACAGGUUGUCCGGCGCCCUUCCCCCUGAGCUUGGCCGUCUAACCAAGUUGACCUCGCUUGGUCUCUCCAAGAACAUGUGGUCCGGCACCAUCCCCCCGGAGUUUGGCCAAUUGACCCAGUUGACGUCGCUUGACCUCUCCAACUUUGGGCUGUUUGGCCGGAUUCCUCCGGAGCUGGGAAAGAUGACCCAAUUAACCUCGCUCGACCUCUCUGGUAACCAGCUCUCCGGGCCCAUUCCCCCGGAGCUAGGACGCCUUGCCAGGCUCCAACGCCUCGAUCUAUCCAGAAACGCCCUCUCGCAGGGCAUCCCCCUUGCUCUGUGCAAUUUGACGAACCUCCAGUCGCUUUCUCUCGCCAACAACAACCUUUCGGGUGCGAUCCCUUCAAGUUGGACCCGCCCUUCAUCGCUCGCGUCACUCAAUCUGUCAGCAAACUUCCUAUCGGGUUCACCAGGCCCCCUUAUUACUGCGAGACCUUAUGCAACCCUCAACCUAUCCCACAACCUGUUUUGGGGGCCGGUUUCUCUAGUGGGCGGGACUCCGAAGGCGGUGAUUGACAGUGCGUCUCUGGAUUUGUCCGAUAACAGAUUCUCGGGGCCGAUGACAUGCGGCGUGCCGGGGGCCUGUUGUUUCAGCGCACUGCAUGUCAAUGACAACAGCUUUUCCGGUGCUCUACCCAAGGCGAUUCUUGAUUGCGGUAAACUAGGAUCCGUUGGCUUGUCCGGCUCGGUUCCCGAUUGGUUGAGCAACGCCUCCAGUCUGUCAUCCGUCCGCAUAUCCGGGCGAGACAAGAACGCCGAUUGGUCUAAGCUUCCCCUCUCCUGCCAGUACGUCCAGUGGGUCGGCGAAAAGGGGCUGGAGGAUAUCAAGUUCUGGGACUCGUGUGUUAAGGGGGCCGGGUGUGCAGUCGACCUGAUUGGGUCAAGCCCCAAACUGUCCCAGGAGACAAAGAAAAAGGUGUGCCUAGGCCGAAUCAGUCUCUUCCUGGACGGUGAUCAACCGGCCAUUGUCUUAAAGAUGCACCAGCCAACGACUGUCGUUUACGCAAACGGUCACCCUAACACGAUAGGAUCCGGGCCUUCGUAUGUGGUCCCAUACAUCGUUAACACCUUUGGAAGUUACCUCCUCAACACCAGCGAUUUCCUGGACCAAAUUUAUCUUGGCCCCAGGGGCUCGGCGUACACGGGGGUCGGCUUCACCCGCGUUCAGUCGGGCAAUUUGUGCGGCAACCCGGAGGCGCGCACGGUGGUCAUCAUAGCUUAUGUCACGUUUGCUGCCCUCCUGCCCCUCCUGACGCUAUGUGUCUGGGCUGUUGCCACGUGGCAACUUCGCCGCCAGAAGUCCCAACAGGUGCCGCUUGAGGGUCGCAAGACCAAGGGGGCGAAAUUUGUGGCAUACGUAUGGAGCGUUGUACGGACCGCCAUUUCUUAUUAUGACUUGUAUACGGACAUCAAGGUGCUGAUUGAGAUCUGGGGCGCAUGGCCCGUGUGGCUCCUUCUCCCAUCGCUCCUCGCGCCAACCGUGGUUUUGGCCCUUAUCCUCGCCAAGAGCUGGGUCGUUUCGCAGCCAUUGGGGGUCUCUACCGUUCGACUCGCCUGGGUGUGGCCGGGAUUCGUUCCUGUCGACCGUUUGGCGGCCAAUUCUGGUCGCUCGCAACGGGAGAUUCGUGCCAGGAUACUGAUUUUGAUACUGAUGGUGUUAUUGUGGCCGGUGGGCUUGCUCGGGGUGGUGCUCUACGACGUUCUGGUGGUCUUCGAGAACCUCGGCGUGUGCCUGCUAAUUGACAAGUGUGCAAUUCUGAGUUUCGGGAGCUAUGCCGCCUCGCGGGGGCUAUGGGAUUUGUUGCUCCGGUCGAUCCCCCAGGCGGGCGUCCAGACUGCUCUGUAUCUGUUGGGCAGCUCCCGGGCGACGAGAAUCUACAUCGAUGGCCGGAUCUUCGCCCAGUCCAUUGGGAGCUCGCUUCUUGGCGUGGUCGUCCAUUACUGCAUGACGCUCUGGGACUCCAUACUGACGUCAGAGAAGCCGUGGAUCGUCUUCUGGAACCGCCUGAACACCCACAGCUUCCCCACGGUUGUACUGCUGCCUCAAGGUCCACCCAAAGGUGACGUCAUCUCAGACGACAAGUUGGCCAUUCACGUGAGCGACCCCUCACACCACGACCGGACGAAGCCGAACGCUGACCUUGAGCUGGUCGGCUACAACGGCUUCAACGCUGGAAAAUAUCAACCAUUCGUUGAACCUGAGCUCUAG